UUGAAGCUGUCUGGGUUGGUGCAGUUUUUCAUUUUUUAUAAGCAGAACUUAUUUUUGGAUUUUCUGCUGGAUGAGCUGCACAAUUGGUUCCCUCGGGUGAGAGCUCGUCUAUUUUUACCUUUUAAUAAAUAACAGGCAAUGCAUAUUCAUAUAUGUAACGUGGGAGAAACCGAGUAGUCUCAUGCUGUCGCUUUGCUGCAUUUAUACAUUUAUAAACACUCUGCAGGUCUCAGAGAUGCUGUAUGUAGCACGAUGGGCGAUGAACGUCUAUUAGAAAGUGGGCAGGUUAUGUUCUCCUUUACUUUCUGCACGCUGAAAUCGAAUCGAAAACUUUUGCGUCUUCACGUUUUUUGAAGAGUAACACACCGAAAUGGCCCUGACUGAAAAUUGCAGGACUUAUCAAACGCCCAAGGACAGUGGAUGUGCUCAGAGUUGCUCUUCUGAUGUGGUGGAGCUCAAUGUAGGUGGACAGGUGUACUACACUCGCCAUGCCACCCUCACCAGUGUGCCAAACUCACUGCUGGGUAAAUUGUUCUCCUCUAAAAAAGACAUUUCUAACGACCUCACGCAGGACAUCAAGGGACGCUACUUCAUCGACCGGGACGGAUUUCUCUUUCGGUACGUGCUGGACUAUCUCCGCGAUAAAACUGUCGUCCUGCCGGAUUAUUUUCCGGAGAAGGGGAGGCUGAAACGCGAAGCAGAGUUCUUCCAGCUGCCCGAGCUCGUCAAAAUCCUGACCCCAGAUGAUUAUAGUCACAGUGAUUUUGACGAAGCGUCCCAGGGAAGCGACCAGAGGUUGUACCCAGCCUCUUACCUGGACGCGCGCGACCGGCGUUACGGUUUCAUCACGGUCGGGUACAAGAGCUCGUGCGCAUUCGGGAGGGACACUGAUCCCAAAGCCCGCGGAAUACCCAAAAUCUUCAUUUGUGGAAGGGUCGGUCUGGCGAAAGAAGUUUUCGGGGACGCACUAAACGAGAGCCGGGAUCCUGACAGACCGCCGGAGCGAUACACUUCUCAGUUUUACCUGAAGUUUCGCCACCUGGAGCGAGCGUUUGAUAUGCUCGCGGAGAGCGGGUUCCACAUCGUCGCGUGCAAUUCAUCACUCACUACAUCUCCUCACAACAGGCAUGCUGAUGAUAGAUACUGGUCCAAUAAUACAGAGUACGUCUUCUACCGUGGUCCAUCAGGAUGGUCUUCUUCUCACUGCGACUGCUGCUGCAAGAGUCACAAAAGCGAGCGUGAAGGUGAGAGCGGCACUUCCCUUAACGAGCUCUCCACUUCCUGUUCUGAGACCCAAUCAGAAGCCAGCUCUCCCCAGGAAACGGUCAUCGUGCGUCCGGUCACUCGUCAAGCCAACAUCCAGACUUUGGAUCGACCGGUGAAAAAGGGUCCAACCCCAAUCCCCAGGAGAACUGAUCUGCUGCGCGUUCGGACCACAGGCCCACGUGACGUCCUCGCCGGGAAGAGGAAACCAGCCAAGGAGAAGAUGACCCCGGAGCAGGAGCUGGAGAAAUGCAUCCAGGACUUCCGACGAAUUAAAAUUCCAGUGCGUUUUCCGGAGAGGAAGUACAUGUGGCAGUCGGAUCUCUUGAAAAAAUAUCAGCUCUGAAAUGAUUUCCUGCAGGCUCGCUGGGCCUAUUAGAGCGACACAACAAAGCUCUCAGCGCAUAAGAUGACAUCAUAACUCUUCUUUUGCUUGGGCUUAAUUGGCUCGUCUGUGUAAUCAUGCAGCAAGAUGCACAAUUAACAAUUCAGUGAACCUCAAGUGACUGCUAAAGGGACCAGUCCUGUUUUGAUACCAAGCACAAUGACAUUAAGCCAAUUUCACAGCGUCUAGACAGACUUCCAAAAUGAUAACGAAUUGUAUAUAGACAGAUUAAUCACAUAUAUAUAUAUUACCUGUUUAAUUACUCGGUGCACGAUCGGCACUUUUGUACAACAUUCCCGCUGUAAAUGCAGUGCACAUAGGAGAAUCGUGGGGAUUUGUUUACACCUGGUCUUAAAUACAGUUUUCUCAAUCUCAUCUCAAGUAGAUGAUGCGAAAUACACAUGUAAAUGGGAAUCGAAAGGUUUUGAGCUUGUCCAUUGUUAAUUACGCGCAGUAGUAGUUGAAAAUACAUUUGAGCAGAUUGAUUUAGCCGUAAAGAUGUUGUAUAAAUAGACUUCCUUUCUGCCCAAGUCUGCAGAAAUAAUCAUGAGUGGUAGUGGGAGGGGGAGUGCAGUAUCACAAUCCCUCCCAAACACCCACAGUCUUAAACCAAUGUUAAACUUCAACAGCACUAUCAAACUAGAGAAAAGCCAAAAUAACAUUCACAUAGCAUUAUCCACCAUCUGCUUUGGUCUGAAUAGGGCCUGAUGACUGUGUCACUUGACUAAACACAUGACCUUUUGAGAUAGUGUUUUUAAAUAAGCUUUCAUUAGCAAAAAUGCCAUCUAGUGUCAACUGAAGAGAAAAGGAUGAGCUUUCAAAUGAAAAUAUAUUAGUGUAUAUAUUACGGUGCUUUCACACUAGCACUUUUGGUCCACACCUGGGUUCGUUUGACGUCAGAGUUCAGUGCGUUUAACUAGUGUGAACAAUGUCUGAACUCUGGUGCACACCUGUGAACCGUACCUGAGUCCACCUGAAAUAGGUGGUCUGGGGUACGGUUCGUGCGAACUCUGGUCCGGUUCACUUCUGAUAUGAAUGCAAUUGUACCAAAUAACUGACGUGAACCGCCAACUGUACAACCAACUUUAGUUUUCAUGACGUUCAUUCAUGUGUGUAUGUCUGUGUAUCACCUAACAUUUCCUUGGCGAGAAGCAGGACCUUAGUGCAAACACAUUGAUAAUAGCCCCUUGCACAUGUACAGACUUUUCCAAAAAAUUACUGGCAAUUUUCUGGUAAGCGAUCAUGUGUGAACAGGCCCUUUUUCAAAAUACCAGUAAAUUAGUUCUGGCAAUUUUCCAUAAAGAGAAGUUGUAACAUUACUGUAAUUUCCUGGAGUGCUGCUCUGUGUGAAUGCAGAAAGAAAAUUGCAAGAAAUUGCGCGGUCACGUUUAGAACGUGCUGACAUGGACGUCUACUCCGUCCAAUUAGACAAAUUCACAUCCGUGUUGUUUAUGAAAAUAAAUGGCUUUAAAUCCUUCUCCAGACACAUUUAGCUGCUGCUUGAUAGUUAGCUACCGUUUCUAUGAUCAUGAGAACUGUGGAAAAAAUUUUCGAUAAAUUGUUAUGAUAAACCAGGCCCCAACUAUAAGGACACAAAAGACGCUCGGGACAGAAGACAGGAUCAUUACUGGCCCGAUUGGUCCAGUGCUGCCAUGUCACUAAAGUUUAAUUUGUCUGUGACUAUUUGUCAAUUGAGUGCGAAUACAGUCUUAGAAUCGAGAAACAGUUUGCGCCUAUAAGAGCUACCUUCUCUCUGAUGGCAUAAACACCAUAUUGCUUUUCAGUUCCUUUCAUCUGAUUGGAUGUUGUGAGCAUGUUAGUUUUUUUCUGUACUCUCAUAACAACCAGUACAGCGAGGAGUUGGCAACAUCAAAUUAUGAGGCUUUUUACGUGGGUACAACACAACAAAAAAAAAUGAAGUGAUCUUUUGCACAGUUUGCACUGCAAGUCAGCCACCUUUUGUUUUUGCAAUAAAAUACUUGCAUGUUUUCCAUACUGCUAUUUUUGUUUACAUAACACUUUGAAUUUUGCUCAUUAUACAUUUUAGAAUUAUUUAAAUUCCAA